UGUCUUUUCAUUGGCUGUAAGGGUAAGAAUGAGGCAGGAGGCGGAUGUGAGGCGGGGUUUGAGUAUCAUGUAGCAUGCUAGAUUGAUUACGCUUGAAUGUUAAAGGGGAAGGAGGCUAGAGAUUUUUGUCUGAGUCGGGAGUGCCGCUGUACUAUUUGCCUGCUGCUGCUGUGCUGCUCCUCUAUUCCUUCUCACCCUCUUCUCUGCACCAGGCCAGGGGUCAUCUCAAAGACAAACAUAUGGGUCACUGGCUGAAGAGAGGGAGAGGGGGGAGAGAGAGUGAAAAGGGCAGCAAAAGAGAAGGUCAGCAAGUUGAGGGAGACUUAGUAAAAAAGAAACAGAAAAGACGGGACUGUAUGUCUAAGGAGGAGGAGGACGUUGGGGGGCUGUUGAAGGAGACGGGGCAAUGUGUAAAGGGAGAGUGGAAGAGAGAAAGGGGGAGGGGUAGAAGAAGGGGGGGGCUUGAUCUUCGCUGUAUGUCCGGGCUUAGAGCCUUUUUAAAGCCGUCCAGUGAAGCCAAAGUGCCUUUUGUCUGUUGAUACGAUCAGAGUACUGGAGGAAGUGAAGGAGCAUGAAAGAGUUUUUCUGUCAACCUCUGCCUGCUUUUUGCUGCUGCUUUCAAGGAGACUUGGACAGGGCUAUCUGUUUUCCCUCUGUUUUUGCUGUGCUCCAGCGGGGCAGACUGUUCACCAUGAAGGGCACAGGGCAGAGUAGAAGAUGUCUGCGGAUGCGUUUGGAGCCGGGGGCAGCGAUGCCCAGCAGACCUUGCAGUCCUUCUGGCCGCGUGUCAUGGAGGAGAUCAGGAACUUAACCCUGGAUUUCCGUGUGCAGGAGUUACCCUUAGCUCGAAUCAAGAAAAUCAUGAAGCUGGAUGAGGAUGUCAAGAUGAUCAGUGCAGAAGCUCCUGUCCUCUUUGCCAAAGCAGCCCAGAUCUUCAUCACAGAGCUCACCCUCAGAGCGUGGAUCCACACUGAGGACAACAAGCGACGCACGCUACAGAGGAAUGACAUCGCCAUGGCAAUAACCAAGUUCGACCAGUUUGACUUCCUGAUUGACAUCGUGCCCCGAGAUGACCUGAAGCCCCCGAAGCGUCAGGAGGAGAUGCGUCAGUCCGUGGCUCCAGCAGAGCCGGUGCAGUACUACUUCACCUUGGCCCAGCAGCCCGGAGCGGUGCAGGUGCAGGGCGCGCAGCAGGGCCAGCAACCCGCAGCACAAGCAGCCGCGACCAUCCAACCGGGGCAAAUCAUCAUCGCGCAGCCACAGCAGGGACAGAUGUUGCAAGGUGCCACCAUGCAGCAGUUACAGCAGGUGCAGGUGCAAUCACAGGGCACACCCAUCACGAGUGCGCCCGUUGCCAUGCAGGUGGGCGAGGGUCAGCAGGUGCAGAUUGUCCAGGCUGCUGCUCCCCAGGGUCAAGCUCAGGCAGCUCAGGCUCAAGGCCAGACCAUGCAGGUCAUGCAGCAGAUCAUCACCAACACGGGGGAGAUCCAGCAGAUACCGGUGCAGCUAAACACGGGCCAGCUGCAGUACAUCCGUCUUGCGCAGCCGGUUUCUGGAGGACAAGUGGUCCAGGGGCAGAUCCAGACUCUUGCAAACACCCAGCAGAUCACACAGACAGAGGUACAGCAAGGACAGCAGCAGUUCAACCAGUUUACUGAUGGACAGCAGUUGUAUCAGAUACAGCAGGUGACGAUGCCGGCGGGACAGGAGCUGACCCAGCCGAUGUUCAUCCAGUCCACCAACCAGACAGCUGACACGCAGGUCACGCAGGUCAGCACCGACUGAGCCCCAGCCAGGAGUCUCUCCCUUCACACGCGCGACACGUGACGCUGCCCGAGGCCAUCAUCUUUGACAAAGGAGCUUUCGCGACCAUGAUUUUUAAGCAAUGUCAACUGAAACGAGGGACCUGAAUACCUGAGAUACUUAUUUCUUGUCAUAAAUGUAGUACAGUGGAUCAAAAACCAAAGGGACACUGACCGACUUUUUAACGAUCAUACGUUACCUGCUUAAACCUGAUGUACUCUCUUGCCACAUGUCUCAUAUGAAGAAAACGUGAGUCCAUUUCUACAGCCACUGACAGCUUUUUCACAAACCAACUCUGGGUUGUUGUUUUUUUCUCCCUUAGCACAUCAUCUUAGACUUAAAAACAUUAGAGAAGGUUCCUUUGUUUGUUUGUUUUUUUAUAUAUAUAUAUACUGGCACCUUAUAAUGCGCUCUUCAAGUGAAAACUUAUUAGAUAAGUGUCCAUCUUUGUCUGUGUGACCGGCUCUUAGCACAGCUGUGGCUGAAGGAAGCCAAGAGAUUCUUCCAGUGUUUCGUUUAGGUAUCAAAAAAAAAAAAAAAUCCCAAGUCAUUGUUUGAGUAGUUGAUGGACGAAAUGAAGCCAUAUACCUCAGAUUUCACUUUUUACAACAAUUCAAUACAAGGGAUCUUGAAAAGAGGUUUUAAGGUUUUGGUGGUAAUUUUUGUAUUGUCUUUUCUCUUUUGUGAUGUUUCCACAUUGUUGUUGAUGCAUGAAUUAUGUUGUAAGGGCUUCGGACUGUAUAGUUGAUCCGUGUAUGUAAUGUGAUGUGAGUGUGUGUGUGUGUGUGUGUGUGUGUUUAAAGCACCCACACUCUCUUUCCAUUUUUUUUUUCUUAAAUCUUAUCACUGACCUUCUUUUCUCAUCCCUCAGUCUUUAAAGCAGAGAACUUUUCUCUGUGUUUAUGCAGUCUCAUACACCUCUUCUCUUUCCGUAUGGUUUUGGAGUCUGAAGUCUUGUGCCCUGGUUUAAAUCUCAUGUACAAACACGACUGGAGCAAAAAAAAAAACAAAAAAAAAACCUCUUUUAUAGAUUUGUCUUGCUCUUUUUCAAUACGAUUGUUUUUUUUUUUGUUUUUUUUUUGUUUUUGAAAUCGGCCUCUUAUUUCAAGUAAUUUUUGUACAGUAAUGAUUAUUAUUAGUGUUGUUAUUGUUUUUUUGCAUGAUGUUCAAACUGCCAGCAUGACACGCAAUAGAUAGGUACAAUUUUAUUUUUGACGUUCUUUUUUUGUAAGCAAAUUUUGUUUGUG